AGACUGGCGCUGCAAGACGGAGCCGUCUCCUCUUUUCCCCUCUCCCUCCCUCGCUCCCUCGUCGCCCCUUUGGGAUAAUGCAAGCCCUGCGUGACCACCUGAUGUGGAGCAAAGGCGAGCGUGCGAGUGAGCAUGUGCAGAGCGCCUUCUUGAUUUCUCCAGGGCAUCACAAGCAGCUCCGCGACCCUCACCAUUCCCUGCCCCUGUUUCUCGUCGCUUUGGAGACCUUGAAAGUCUUGGAGACAGCCCUGGAAAAAUGCAAGCCCCGGGAGAUCUAAUAAGAGACGGAAAAUGGCAUCCUCCUGCCGUCUCUCCAGUCCGCCCUGCCCUUCUUGGAUCUCCACGGCACUCCGCGGCUGGAGUUUCACCAGUCGGUGUUUGGCGAGCUGAGAGAAAAGCUGCUGGAGCGGGUCUCGGCCAUUGCCUCCGAAGGAAAGGCGGAAGAAAGGUACAAAAAGCUGGAAGACCUGCUGGAGAAAAGCUUCCCUUUAGUCAAAAUGCCGUCUAUACAGCCCGUGGUGAUGUGCGUUAUGAAACACCUGCCCAAGGUUCCCGAAAAGAAGCUGAAACUGGUGAUGGCCGACAAGGGUCUAUACAAGGCGUGUGCUGUGGAGGUGAAGCGUCAGAUCUGGCAGGAUAACCAGGCCCUGUUCGGCGACGAGGUGUCCCCGCUCUUGAAGCAGUACAUCCUGGAGAAGGAGAAUGCCUUGUUCAGCAGCGACCUCUCUGUUCUGCACCACUUCUUCAGCCCUUCUCCCAAAAUGAGGCGCCAGGGAGAGGUGGUUCAGAAGCUCACGCAGAUGAUUGGGAAGAACGUGAAGCUGUACGACAUGGUGCUGCAAUUCCUCCGGACCUUGUUCCUCCGCACGCGAAACGUCCACUACUGCACGCUGAGGGCAGAGCUCCUCAUGUCACUCCACGACCUGGACAUCAGCGAGAUCUGCACGGUUGACCCCUGCCACAAGUUCACCUGGUGCUUGGACGCCUGUAUCCGAGAGAAGUUUGUGGACAACAAGCGCGCUCGAGAACUGCAGGGAUUCUUAGACGGGGUGAAGAAAGGCCAAGAACAAGUACUAGGGGACUUAUCCAUGAUCCUGUGCGACCCGUUUGCCAUCAACACCUUAGCGCUGAGCACCAUCCGCCACUUGCAGGAGCUAGUUGGGCAGGACAUGUUACCCAGGGAGAGUCCCGAUCUCCUCCUCUUGCUGAGGAUGUUGUCGCUGGGGCAGGGAGCUUGGGACAUGAUUGACAGCCAGAUCUUCAAGGAGCCCAAAAUGGAGGUGGACUUGAUCACCAAAUUCUUACCAGUGCUGAUGUCCUUUGUGGUGGACGACUACACGUUCACCGUUGACCAGAAGCUGCCUUCGGAAGACAAGGGCCCCGCUCCUUACCCCAGCGCCAUCCCAGAAAUGUUUCCCAAGUUCCUGCAGGAGCACCGCAUCGCCUGCGAGAUUGGACUCUACUACAUGCUGCACAUCACGAAGCAGAGGAACAAGAACGCGUUUCUCCGGCUGCUGCCAGCCCUGGCGGAGACCUUCAACGAUUUGGCCUUCAGUGAUAUUUUCCUGCAUCUGCUCACGGGGAACCUCACCCUCCUGGCGGACGAAUUUGCCCAAGAGGACUUCUGCGGCAGCCUUUUUGACAGCUUCUUCCUGGCUGCCUGCUCAAGGAAGGAGAACGUCCAUAGGCACGUGCUGAGGUUGCUGCUUCACCUGCAUCACAAAGUGGCCCCUGCCAAGCUGGAGGCCUUGCAGAAGUCGUUGGAACCUACCAAGCAGAGCGGCGAAGCCGUGAAGGAGCUUUACAGUCAGCUCGGCGAGAAACUGGAACUCCGCAAGCCCAGCCCGGCCCAGGUGGCCGACGCCCCGUCCGUGGACUUGCCCCUGCCCGCGGUGUCCAACCCAACCCCUCUCUAGGAUGCCCGCGCCCCGAUCUGGCCGGCCUCCGGACUGUUUUUCCUUCCACGCAGCAACGGAGACCGGCCACCCACCUUACAAACGGACAGGAGCCGCUUGGCUGUCUCUCUCAAGGACCCCUCUUCCUCCGGAAUGUUUCACCCCCCUCCGUGGCACUUUCCAUGGCGACGUUCUCAAGGUCCUUCACUACGGUGGGGAAGCCGGCGGUGUCUGUUUCGGUCUGUUUUUAUUUUGUUUUUAGAGGCAGGGAGGCUGAAGGACCAGCUGCGUUUUCCCAAGACGUGAUGCCCUAAGAGGUGGUUGCAUUUUUUUUAAAAAAACCCAAAUUUCGGGUAACUUAACGGGUUGGGAUUAUUUGUAGAGCGUGGUUUCUCCUAGUCAGGGCAGAGAAAUUAAAGUUUUCAAGGCCC